AUGAAGCCAAUCCAAUAUCAAAUUAUUGAGCAAAAGCGACCAAGUUCAAUUGCGUUGCAUGGCGAAAAGAUCUUUGACUAUUAUGAUUGGCUGAAAAAUGAAACCGAGCGAAAAAAUAGGAUUUUAAAGAAUGAAAAAUGUACGCUAGAAAAAUAUCUCGAGUUAAAUUCGCAAAAAAACGAUUGGACGGAAGUUCGAAGAAGAUUUCAUAAUCCAAUUGACUAUGAAUUGUAUUCGAAUGUUCAAUAUGUUAACGGGCAAAUAUUUUACAGUUAUAGGAGUUUUUCGAAGCCAAUUUUCAAGCGAGUAAAAUCAAUGAAGAAAGAUGAACAUUCGUAUGUAGUAUUCGAUUCAAAUAAACUUGAACAUGGUUCUGUUGUUGAGCAUGCAUUCUCGCCAAAUGGAAAAUACUGUGCUUUUACUAUUAGCGAAGGGGAUGAUUCCCAUCGAGUCAUAGUAAUCCAUGUAGAAACAGGGGAAAUUCAAAACGGAAAUAGUUUGCAAUUAUUCAGUUUUAAGAAGAUCGCAUGGAGUGGAGAUAGUGAAGGUUUUUUCAUUUAUUAUGAUCCACAAGGUAGAAAAAAGCGAAAUCUGCACUAUCAUUAUUUAGAUGAAAAUAAGCGCGAUAAACUCAUUGCGAAAAUUCGAAAAUCAGAGGCGCACACGGUAUCAUUUGAAGUCAGCAAUGACUAUAAAUAUCUCAUUUUAUGCGGUAGUCGAAUGCUAUCCAUUGCAAAUAUAGAAUCAUUAGCGGAUAAAAUCAAUUUCAAAAUAAUCUUCGACAUUUUUGGAGGUGCAACUUAUGAAUACGUUGGAAAUGACGGAGAUUUUUUUCUAUUUCUUACAAAUGAGAGGGCACCAGAACAUCACAUUAUUGAAGUCGACAUUACGAGCAAAAGACCUGGCAAUCACUGGGACAUUGUUGUUUCCGAGAAUCUUGAUGGGCAUGGCAUGCUUAAAUCUGCCUUCAAAUAUCGGUGUUAUUUGUUUCUCGUUUACACCGAAAACAUGCAGAGCUCCAUGUAUUUAUAUUCAUUAAAUAAUCAAACCCCACGCAUCGAGUAUAAAGUCGAUUUGACGGAUGAAAAGAUUGUAUCGUCGACAGUCGAUAAAUAUGGAAUUUUCUUCGAAACGCGAUCGUUCACAACACCCAGAAAAGUGUAUAGGAUAGAAAUAAAUCAACUUGUAUACCAGCAGCCUCAUGAAACGACUUACUCAUUAAUCGAACCAACUCUCUGGAAAGAGUCGACAAUUCCAAAUAUGGAUGAAAUGCAAAUAAAAAUACAAUACAAAUCGUAUCGUAGUUUCGAUGGAACGAAUGUGCCGUUGACUAUGAUACAAAAGGGCGGUAAAUUUGCACCGAAGAAACCUUGUCUGAUCUAUGCUUGCUGUGAUUACACUGAUUCUGUACUUCCAAGAUUCGAUCUAUAUUUUCUUCUUUUCAUUGAACUAUUUAAUGGUGUUGUUGUAAUAAUUCAUACAAGGGGAGGAUGUGAACUCGGUGAUGAAUGGCUAUUAAAACCCACCGAAGCUGAGAAUAGUUUUAAUGAUUUAAUAGAAGGAGUUGAAUAUUUAAAAAGAGAAUCAUGCAUUACCAACAUCGACCCAAAUAAAAUUGCAUUUUACGGCGUAUCACAUGGUGGACUAGCCGGUGCUGUGGUUUUGAAUAAGAGAAAAAGAGAUUUAUUCAAAACUGUAAUUUUUCAAAAUGGUAACAUGGAUCUAAUUGGUGAUCUAGCAAAUGAUAAAGGCAACCUUUGGACUAAACGGUAUGGAAGUUUGGAUAACAAGGAAGAUUUCGAUUGCAUAAAGAGAUAUGCACCAUUGUUACACAUUCAAAAACCAAGCAAUAGUGAAGAUUGCUACCCCACAACAUUGUUAGUUGCUUCAUCUCACGAUGAAAAAGUACCGUUUGAGCAAUCAUUAAAAUACUUGGCUCAUCGUCGCGAAAUAUCUGUAAACAACAAAUUCCAGAGAAAUAAACCGAUUUUAUUGAAAGUCAUUCAGAGUGGCGGUCAUAAUUAUAGGACGGCUUUAAAAAAAGAGUAUAUUGAUACGGUAUUUGUGAAACUACAAUUUUUGGCCGAAGUCAUGCAGCUGAAAUGUGCACAGAAAUAUGAUACAAUGCGUUUCGCUGUCACUGAGCAAAUCAUCGAUCAAGUUCCACUCAUUGAAUAUCAAAUGAUUGAGCAAAGGGGACCCAAGGUGAUUGCAUUGCAUCGAGAAAAAAUUUUUGAUUACUACUACUAUCUCAAAGAUAAAUCUGAACGAAAUGACAUUCUUGAAGUUGAAGCUGAAACGCUAACGAAAUAUUUAGAAUUAAAUUCACAAAAGAACGAUUGGACGGAAGUUCGAAGAAAAUUUUAUAAUCCGAUGGACUAUGAAAUGUAUUCGAAUGUUCAAUAUGUGAACGAUUAUAUAUUUUAUAGUUAUAUGGAUUUUUCGAAAUCAAUCUAUAAACCAAUUUUCAAGCGAGCAAAAUCAUUGAAAUUGGAUGAAGAGUCGCGUGUGAUAUUCGAUUCAAAUAAAGUGUUGGGCGCAGUCAUUGAACAUGAAUAUUCACCAAAUGGAGAAUUUUGCGCAUUUACUCUUGGUUUAGAGAAUCGAAAAUCCUAUAAAUUGGUGCUAAUUGAAGUAAAAACUGGAAAAACUCUUGGAAACGGCUUGCAACUGUUCAGUUGUAAAAAAAUCGCAUGGAGCGGAGAUAGUGAAGGAUUUUUCGUUUAUUAUGAUCCGGAAGGAAAGAAGAAGCGAAAUCUCUACUAUCAUUAUGUAAAUGAAUUUAUGCAAGAUAAACUCAUUGCAAAAAUUCGAAAAACCGAGGCUCAUGCAAUUUCAUUUAAAGUCAGCCACGAUUACAAGUAUCUCAUUUUACGCGACAGUCGAACGUUGUCCAUCGCAGAUAUAAAGUCUUUUGCUAGAGAAAUAAGAUUUGACUUGAUUUUCAAAAUGUCUCAUGAUAUAAUUUAUGAAUACGUUGGGAACGAGGGUGAAUUUUUUACAUUUCUAACAAACUUUGGAGCAACAAAAAAUCAUGUUGUUGAAAUCAAUAUUCGGAGUAAAAUAGCUGGAAAUCACUGGGACAUUGUUGUUGCGGAAGAUUUGAAUGGUCAUGGCGUGCUCAAGUCUGCUAUUAAAUAUCGUGAUCGUGGUUAUUAUCGUGGAAUUAUUCUAGUUUACAUCGAAAAUGUUCAGAAUUCUCUGUACCUAUAUUCAGUGGCUAAAAGUCGUAUCGAAUUCAAAAUCGAUACAGAAGAUGAAAAAUUUGUAUCGAUGAAGCUCGAUAGUUUUGGGUUUUUCUUCGAAACACAAACAUUCAAAACACCUAUAAAAGUAUACCGAGUUGACUUCAGCCAGCUUGUUUUUCGUCCACCGCUUUCAACGAGUUAUUAUACAACAGUGAAACCAAUGGUGUUGUAUGAAACGAGAGUACCGAAUUUGGAUACAGUUAAACUCAAUGUUCAACACGAUUCAUUCCAAAGUUUUGAUAAAACCAAUGUACCAAUGACUGUCAUUCAGAGAAUGGAGACGAAUGAUCGAAAAAAACCGUGUUUGGUUACAGCUUAUGGGGCGUACGGUCUGCCUAUGCUACCUAUGUUUAAGCUUUUUUUUCUUCUUUUCGUUGAGCUAUUCAAUGGUAUUAUAAUCAUAAUUCAUUCACGUGGUGGUGGAGAGAUCGGUGAUGAAUGGCUAUUAAAAUCCACAGAGGCCGAAAAAAGUUUCAACGAUUUAAUAGCUGGAGUUGAAUAUUUAAAAAGCAGCGAAUCAUAUUCCAAAAUCAUUGAUUCAAACAUGAUCGCAUAUUAUGGCGCUUCACACGGUGGAUUGGCGGGCGCUGUGGCUGUGAAUAAAAAAAGAGAUUUAUUCAAAACUGUAAUUUUUCAAAAUGCCAAUAUGGAUCUGAUUGAUGAUCUACCAUCAAAAGGCCGUAUAUGGGCUAAACAGUAUGGUUUUUUGAGCAACAAAGUAGACUUCGAUUGCAUAAAGAGAUAUGCACCACUGUUACACAUUCAAAAACCAAGCAAUAGCGAAUAUUGCUAUCCUACAACUUUGAUGGUUGCGAGUGUGCGAGAUGAGACGGUAUCGAUUGUAAAUUCAUUGAAAUACUUGGCUCAUCGACGUGAAAAGGCCGCCGAAGACAAUGAAUUUCAAAAAAACAAACCGAUUUUAUUGAAAGUGAUCAAUAGCGGUGGUCAUCAUUACGAAACGGCGAAAAAAUUGGAAAUCAUUGAUGCUGUAUUUGUGAAACUACAAUUUUUGUCUGAAUCUAUGGACAUGAAGUUUGAUAAAAAAUAUCGAAAAAAACAUAAACAAACACAAUAUGAAAUUUAUUAUUAAAUUACUGAACUAUUUAACAUAUGUUUAUGAUUUAUUUUCUAAAAAUGUAACGAUAUCGAUUUGUAAUCGACUCAAAAAUUAGAAGAGCACGAUAAUUCACUCAUGUUCCAUAUGACGUUCCAGAAGUUCGACCAAUUUUUGUUUGUCUGUAAAAAAUUCGAGUAAAAUGAUGUUCAGUUGUUCCAAAAGGUCUGAAGUUGUUUCAAAAAUUCAACUUACUUUUCCAUUUAGCCCAUUUAAGACUUUAUGUAUUC